GUUGUGGGUGACAGGCACAAAGUGGGGCAUCUCGCCGUUACAGCAGAGAACCCUUUUUGGGGGUGGGUGAGGCACCUCGUGUGACUUGAGCCGUGCCUCGGUUGAGUUUAAUGUGUCAGACCACCUCUGGGUUUUAUUUAUAACGGACAACUAAAUUGGAUGGGGAGCGCACGAGCGAGACAAUCCCGGAAAUAACAUGCGUACUCUCAGACUGUCACGUACGCUUCACUGUGGGUUUGCAUUGCGAGCUGCCGUAGAUGUCCUGCACGGCCUCAGAAUGUUUAUACGACGGACACGCACAAGUGUUCCUGAUUGAGGGUAUUCAUCAGCAGCCUGAUUGGUGAAAUAAAUGCCAGCAGAAGAGGACUUUGACAUGAAACUUCAAGCGGCUGUGACAAAGAUUCCCUCCAUCAGAGAAAGCAGCGGCUCGGCUGGAAAAUGAAGCGAGGACGUGAGCUACGUGCGCAUCCAGCAGAUGAGGAGGUGAAAUGGAGAACUUGGGACACGCGGACCUUUUAAAUCCAAGCUCUCUCCGCGGAUCCGUCGCCGUUUCAGCCUCGCGGGAGAGAAGGACGAGCGGCCAGCAGCUCGCCUUCGGAGCGGCGGAGACUCACCACACGUGUCGAGCGGACAUGGGGCUGAACGGCUUCUGCGCGGUGCCGGUCGGGAGUCCAACGGCCGCGGAGUUGCUCGCCGGUCUGGCCUCUCAGACCGACUCCGCUGCAAUCACAACCCCGACCAAGCAGCCCAAAACCGGCGUGCCGCUGCACAACGGCGGGGUGGUGUCUCCAUCUGCCACCGUGGAGGGGAGCCACGCAAACGCUUUGGCUCCUACGCCAAACGGUUACCCGACGCAAAUGAAGGGUUUGGCGGGGGUUACAGGUGGCCCUAUGUACCCCCUCACCAGCAGAGCCUGUCUGAUGGAGAACGGGGACCGGACAACUCAUGAGAAGUGCCCUUUACUGAUGAGGAGGAUCAAUGGUGACCUGAAAGCCAGACAGGCGCAACAACAGAAACGGAGAGGUGGGGAGAACCGGGACAUGGGGUCAGGGACUCUUAAUGGUCUCAUAAUGGGGCCAUUGGGGUUGGGGAGUUCUGUUGACCAGGUUUUUGCUCCGGGAGAGUCAGACUUUAAGCGGAGGAGGCUGGCAGAUGGAAUUGUUGCUCACAAAUCUUCAGAGGCCUCCAGAGUGGCCCAAGCUGUCUCCCCGCUCUGGGACACAGUCAACUGUGGCAACGGUUCAAACCAAAUGACUAUCAAUCACGUGCACUGUGUCACUGCCCAAUCUCCCAUCACCCCUCACACUAACCAGCACAACGAACAUAAAGUGGCCUCCUCAGGCCCUGAGGAGGCCACUGCACCCAGCCAGAUGUCCCCCAUAGAGACUCACUGCAUCCUGACCCCGCCGUCUCCCGCAGGGGCUGGCUUGUCAGCAGAUCACAUAGCCCGGCAGUACAUCGUCCCCUGCAUGAAAUACUACGGUAUCUGUGUGAAGGACAACUUCCUGGGCCCCCAGCUGGGCGGCAGGGUGCUGGAGGAGGUAGAAGUCCUAAACCGCAGCGGGAAAUUUCGGGGCGGGCAGCUGGUGAGCCAGAAGAGCAUUCCCUCUCGGAACAUCCGGGGCGACCAGAUUGCCUGGGUGGAGGGACGAGAGCCGGGAUCUGAGACCAUCGGGGCGCUGAUGGCUUACAUCGACAAGGCCGUCAUGCACAGCGCUGCCAAUGGACAGCUGGGGGACUGUGUCAUCAAUGGACGCACUAAGGCUAUGGUUGCUUGUUACCCAGGGAAUGGAGCGGGUUACGUCCGCCAUGUUGACAACCCGAACGGCGACGGACGCUGCAUCACAUGUAUCUACUAUCUCAACAAGAACUGGGACGUCAAGAAACAAGGAGGGUUGCUGCAGAUCUACCCCGAAGGCAAAAAUGUGGUCGCCAACAUCGAACCUCUGUUUGACCGGCUGCUGAUCUUCUGGUCCGACCGCAGGAACCCACAUGAAGUCAAGCCAGCCUACGCCACUCGCUAUGCCAUCACAGUUUGGUACUUUGAUGCCAAAGAGCGAGCUGAAGCUAAAGAGAAGUACAGAUUGGCAACAGGACAGAAAGGUGUUCAAGUGCCUGUCACCCAAAACAGCAGGACAUAAAUCUCAUCUAAUCGCUGAAGAGCACUCCGAGAGUAUCAUGUGCCUUCCUGAACUGCUGAUGAACGUCGCGAUCAAAGAAGAGAGACACCGUAAAACUGUCACGUGAUCGAGCUGCUGAUCAAAGACGUUGCAGUUCUAGAGCACAAUGGACUGGAUUGUGUGACAACAGUGAGAUCAGAGUUACGCGUCGUGGCAAAACAAUGAACUCAAUGAAUGAAAACAACAAACUGAAAAAAAACAGAAUCCCUCAUUUUAUUUUUUUUGAAGUUUUUUCUGUUUGGUUAUCAGUGAUGUUGAGUAUUGAGAAAGCAUUGUUUUUCAGUUCAAACACAGGGAGCAUAAAUCAUGAAUCAGUGAACAGACAGUGUGGGGAAAAAAGGGUGCAAGGAGUUGAAAUCAAUGGGGUUGUCCCUUUUUAUUUCCACUCCGGCGACAAUAUUACGAACCCUACUAUUGUGAAGGCGUGCUGGCCCUACUAUGGACUGGGCGGAAGGAAUAUUUAGUUUUAAGACUCUACUGAAACCCUUUCUUUGAUUCAAAAAUAGUGCAAUGUUGUGUUACAUUAAAUUCACUGAUAUUUAUUCAAUUUUGAAUACUUUCUCAAUGAAUUGUUGGAAAUGAUUAAUGACACACUUUCUGAUGACAAAAGUGCUUUCAUCAUAAAACGGCAAAAAUUCAGAAAAAUUUAAAUGGAAACACAGAAUUCGGGGAAAAAUAGAACAGAAUCUGGGGAAAAACGAUUUCAGAGGGGCAACAGAUGUUUGAGAGAGAGAGAGAGAGAGAGCGGGGCAAGGAGGGGUGGGGCGAAUCAAUGCACUGCAUGAAGCUCUGCAAUGAUAUAAGAUUUGACAGCAGUUAGUAGUCGAUACCAAUACCAUUGAAAUUCCACGAUUCUUUAUUCAAUAUCGCAGUAAAAACCAGAAGUAAAACAAUGAAUCCCAUGUACUUCAACAUUAUUACCGUUUGCAUCCAGCCUUAAGCACUGACUCGAAACAGGAACGCACUUAAAACUUGCAUGAGGAGAACUUUACACUUUACUUAGUGCCAUAUUGAGUUUAACUGGAGUUCAAGAAGUAUUUCUGGACUUUAUUACAAUACCAGGCUAAGACUAAAAAAAUAUUUUACAACGGCCUCGAAAUGGUAGUGCGGCAAAAUUGCUGAAUAUUCCAGCAUGGACGUCUUUUUUUAUAGUAGUUGCAAUGUUUGAAGCUGAUUUUCAAGACUGCACCUAGACUACAUAACGGUGGAGUUCGGUCUGUAUGACACGGCUCGCACUCACACAGACGAGAGGCUUUCCAGUGAUCGGGGUCAAAACAGGGUCUGAUGAAACAGUGUGUGCGUGUGUGUUCAUUAGCCUCUAUGCACAUCCAGCUUGACUCUUAUCUGUUCUUUACAAGAUGGAAACAGUAUGUAUCAGCAGUCUGGACACUGUCAGACAAACCUGCCCAAACAAAAGAGCAUCUUACAGAAUAAAGCACAGAGUUAAGCAUAUACUUAUGUGAACUGCAGGGUUAAACUAUUGCCUGCUCAUGUGUGGGAUUGAGUGUUUUUGUGUAAAAAAUGUACUUGCACAUGUAUGUUUAAAUUUCCGCUGUCUCAAAGAGGGUGGCAGGUAUUGUCUUGGUGUAUUCUAGGUUGGUUAACUAGCACUUUAUUGUUUGAAAUGCCGUGUGUGAAUGAAUGUAGAUUAAUGCCUUUAUGCUGUGGAUUAUGUGGUCAUUCAAAUGCAAUAGAAACUAAAACAAUGACAACAAAUGGAAAUUGUUUUCCUAUUUUAUUCUUUUUUUUUCAUUUUGUAGUAUUUAAUUAAAGCCUGUCUUUUUGUACACACA